UUUGACACAAAUUCACUCAGAGAGCAGUUUGUAUCAGAGAGUCAUUUGACUGUGACAAUCCAAAGGUGCACAUUGCAACAAGAGAAAAGACACUGGUCCAGCAGAAUACAAAGUUGGAAAACAUGGAAUUCAUGGAGAGAUUGAACCGCAAAUGAAUUUCUAUCUCAGUUCACUUGAAGAACAAGUACGGUGUGAACUGAAGGACAGCGAGGCGAGUCUCACCCAAUGUGAAUCUGAGGGAAGAGUUCACCUGAUAAUCCGAGGACUUGCUGGCUAAUCUCCUCGAUCAGCUCCAACAACAGAGAGAGGGCAGCACUUUGAGCCAUGACAAAAAGCUGAUGCAGAGGGAGAUGUGUGACUUGAAAGUUCAGCUGGCUGAACGCGUCCACUCCCCACCCAGGGAAACAGAGUAUCUGAAAUCCCAGCUGGGAAAAAUCAGCAACAGGCUGCGAAAAGCCCAAAAAGAUCUCGACCUGCAGUACUUCAUUACUGAAGACCUGAAAGUCGAAAUGGAGCAGAUGAAGGGAGAGAAGGAGGCCCUUAAAAACAAUGUGGAGACUCAGAAGAUCGAGCUUCGUAAAGAGAGACAGAUGCUCACGGUAGGUAAGACCACCAACGUGAUGUUGGAGAGCUAUCUGGAGAUUGAGAGGGCUCAAGCUCAGGAGCUGAAGAAUAAAUUGAGCAAGAUGGAGGAAGCUCUCCUAAAACAGGACGAGGAGGCAAAGGAGAUACUGGAAAGAUCCCAGGCUUCCCAUAGAGCCCAGCUGGAGAUGCAGGACAAAAGCAACAAGAACCUCAUGGCUGCUCUUGAGAAAAAGUGUGAACAUCAGCUAGAGAGUGAGCGUGUCCUAUGGCAGCAGGAGAAAACUUCUCUGCUGGAGGAGAGCAACCUAUGUGGAUCAGAAUGACGAGCAAAGCUUUGUGAGUGACUGCCUCCUGGCUGCUCUGAAGAAGACUGAGCAGCAGCUGGAGAGUAAUCUCAACCUGUGGAAGGAGGACAAGGCAUCCCUCCUUCAGGCCACAGAAAGCCUGAAGCUGACUCAGCAGGAAAAAGAGCAGGAGUGGGACAGGACCGAGAGCACCAUGAGGUCCCAGCUGUCAGAUCUUCAGAGCCAGAUAAUGCAAAAGCCAAAGAAGAAGAAGUGGUACAAAAAGCUUCUGCCUGGCUGAGGAAAAGAAAAUGCAUUUGUACUUGUAUAGUGUCUGUCUGUCUGUCUGUCUGUCUGUCUGUCUGUCUGUCUGUCUGUCUGUCUGUCUGUGGGUGGGUCUGUCUGUCUGUGUGUGGGUGGGUCUGUCUGUCGGUGUGUCUGUCUGUCUGUGUGUGGGUCUGCGUGUGCGUGUGGGUGUGUGCGCGCGUUUGCACGCAGGGUGUGUGAUGCGUCAGUGCAGUAGUGUUGGAGUAGUAGUGCUUGUAGUUAGUGCAUGCUCUUUGCCACUGCUUUCAGCUACUGCCUCCGGAUAGCCCUUUGUUUUCAGGGGCGAAAAGAGGAGCCGAGUGUGUAAGCCUCCUCAGCCGGUACAUAGCCUCUCCACUGCCAAGAUCUCGUACACGCCUCCCCGUGGCACACAUGGUAACUGGUCCCUUGUGGUUCCAGGCUAAGUUGUACGGGAUCUUGGAGCAGCAGUGGGCCCCAGAGACGUGGCAUGUAGGCCCAUCAGUGAGUGGAAACGCCCUGAUGCCCGUCAUCCACUGUCCCAGUUAUGGGUAAAUAGCCCCAGCUAUGGGUAAAUAGUGAAUACCCCAAUGGCAGCGCAAGCGGAAGAUGGUGGUGUGAGAACCACCACAACGGCAAGGGAAGGCGGAAGAAGGCAACCCCACAGCCACGUGGGUUAACUUGGGAGGGUACAGUGGCUAAGGGAGCAAACCCCGAAGACAAACCUGCACCUGGGGACAGGCACAGGCGGAGUCCAACUGACCGGACCACCGGCAGGUCGUCAUGGGUUCCCUCAUGCCACUGGAGGUCCAUCUGGUAGGAGUGAAGAUGGUGGGAAUAAGGUCUGCGCACCCACACCCUCACCUUAAUCCUCACCUAUGCGCAAGCUUAUUGCCGCCACCCCCCAAAAAAGUCCUGUGGCGAUGUGUAGCGGAGGCGAUAAUGAGAUGACUGUGAUCACCUGGCCGGUCCUUGCAGACUAUUUAACCCCGCCUGCCCCGAGACCAGGAGGCCGCAUUCUCCCGACUGCACCAACAUGUUUUCUCUCUGUUUGAGUUUUCCCUUUGUUAACUACUGACAACAUGCACCUCACAUUCUCCAUUACAUCCAUACACCUUCAUUCAUCAUCACUGAUACUGACAAUCACACCUCAUCGACAA